CACUGUUAUGACAUCGCCAACACCAUUUUUGUCAAGUAUGUGAGAAAUUGAAGAGAAGUUUUUGUUUAGAAUAUUCUUCCAAAUUAAAUGGGGCACCUUUUUAAAAAAUAAAUAGUUUUUAAACAUAUUUAUUUCAAAAGUUAAUCAGUCGGUAAAUCAGAUUUCCAUUUUAAAUAUUUGUAUAUAUGAACAUAACCUAACUUUGUUUAUGUUUAAUUAUCCAGUUUCGUAGUUUUUGCUGUGUUAUUUAAGACAGAAAUGGCAACUGGAUUCAGUUUUGGGGCCAAAACAACCGCGCCCCCCACGUUUGGUACUGGUUCCAUAACGUUUGGAACCCCAGCAAACCAACCAACACAACAAUUCGGUUUUGGGAACCUUCCCACUUCUACUUCUAACUUAUUUGGACCCCAGCCUGCUACCUCAACCCCCAACACCGGCUUCGCUUUUGGAACGUCAACUCCUGGUUUUGGAGCCCCUGCACAAAAUCCUGGUUCAACCAGUUUUGGGUUCGGUACUCCGACUGCUAACACAGGAUUGACUUUUGGUACCCCAGCUUCAACUGCGGCCUCCACUGGUCUAGCUUUCAAGCCUCCGGCCUCAACAGGACUCAGUUUUGCCACUCCUGCCUCAACGGGACUGAGUUUUGGGACUCCGGCUUCUACAGGAUUGAGUUUUGGGACGCCCAUUUCUUCGACUGGACUGAGUUUUGGGACUCCAGCCGCGUCAACAGGCCUGACUUUCGGUACUAGCACUUCGGCUCCUAGUACAGGACUUGGUUUUGGAGCUAGUACCUCAGCUCCAAGCACUGGUCUAUCAUUUGGAGCCCCAGCUUCGGCGCCAAGCACGGGGCUUAGUUUUGGGGCACCUGCUUCAACUCCUUCUACCAGUUUUAGUUUUGGAGCUACAACUUCGGCACCUACUCUUGGUUUGAGUUUUGGUGCUACAAGUACUGCAGCGCCUAGUUUGAGUUUUGGGGCAUCUACUGCAACUACAGGGCUCAGUUUUGGAACUGCUACCACUGGUUUAGGGGGACUUGGGAGUCUCGGGACUUCUUCAACUGGUCUAAAUUUAACAUCAACGGCCACUACUACUACUCAGAGUAUAGGUUUAGGGGGUAUAGCUUCAACUCAGUCGAAACCUGGUACUAAUUCCUCGACACAAAAAGAAUUACCACCGAAAGAACAACCAUUACCCAAUGAAUUUUCUCAAUUGGUAGAACAGUUUAAAAAUAUUGUUCAAGAGGAGAAAAACCGUAGUUCUGAUGUUGCGCGAUGUUCAGUUAAAGAAUUUAGGAAAGUUGAAUCAGAAUUGGAUUCUUUAAACCACCAAUUAAAUCAAGUUGAAAACCAAUUGUUGAACAAUCGCAGUCUUGCAGAACAAUUGAAGUAUGACACAGCCAAGGGUUUGCAAAACAUUGAAAUGGCCCAACGUACCCAAGACACGCCCCCGAGUCUUCAGUACGAUAAUACAGCCCCUCUACAGUUUUUCCUAGAACUUGCGGAUACUUUUGAAAAGGAAUUGCAAACAUUAAAAUUAAAAAUUGACAAUACUGAAAAGUUUGUUAAGAAGUGUAGCGAACCAAAUGUUUUGACAUCACAAGAUCUAGCCUUGGGUUUAAAAAGACUCCAUGAGACUUUUGUGGCUUUGGCAGGGCGCAUGCAGUCAAUUCAUAGUCAGGUUGAAACUCAAAAAGAAGUUUUUCUGAGUUUGCGUAAACAAGCGAUUAAAGAUAAUGUUAAUCCUUUUGAAAAAAUGGAUAAAAAUAUGGAGGCCAUGCAUACAAUUAUGAAAAAUGCACUCAGAGCUACACCUCCGAAUUUAGCUUCAGGGCCUACUCCUUUCAACACCAUCGCUCUUGGAAGCAACAAUUUAGCUAUUGCGAGUCAACAAGCCCAGCCACCGUUUCCCACUACGACUACAAGUUUAGGGUUUGGUCUAGGAAAUACAGCCCCAACUUUUGGAACUUCAGCUGCUAACACAUCAAUGUUUAAACCAACAGGUUUUGGAGCCUCCCCCUUUCAGUUGAAUACGUCUUCAAAUUUUCAAUUACAAAAACCCCCAACCGGUAAUAAAAGAGGCAAACAAUAGAUUCUAAAGCUUUAUUGUAAUAGAUAUUUUUUAUAAAUUAAUAUCUCGUUAUUUACAAAAAUGAUGAGACUUAGACUACACCGCGCCCACUUGAAGAACAGGUAUUAAAAGUUGAAAAGCGUCUUGAAUGUAAGAACUACUAUUUGCAGCCUGUAAUAUAUCACAAUUAAAAUGAAUACUACUUAAAACUUUUGUUACCUCAAAAAAGACAUUUGUUAUGAGACUGUUUAUUUCUUCUUUGUUUUUUGAGCUGGAAUUUUUAGCGUUCAAUUUGUCUGAGAAUUUUGCGGCGACGACGCCAAUUAGCGAUGUUAAAGUUGUUGUCAACCUAAAAUUAAGAUAAAACGAAUUUUUGAGGGCAUUUUGUAUAAAAUGUGAUAUUCUAGUUCUUUUCAAUAAAUAUUUUUUAUAC